AUGGAACAUACAGUCAAUAAUCUAAAAAACGAGAGACAGAAUGGAGCAUCAACGGAUGCGAUAAAACAUAAAGCCAACUUUGAGGAAGCUGUUGUAGCUACUGGAUUUGGAAAGUUUAACAUAUACUUGUUAAUACUACUAAUUCCAUCUUCAUUUGCACAAGCAUCUGAACAGAUGGGAUUGUCUUAUGCGCUACCAAUAGCAGAAUGUGAUCUUAGUUUGACUCUGGAACGAAAGGGACUUCUAACCGCGGUCUCUUUUGGAGGUAUGAUUACUAGCGGUAUAUUUAUGGGAGUGCUCUCUGAUAUAUUUGGGAGGAGAAAACUAAUCUUAUGGGGAUAUUUUUUAAACGGACUUGCAAAUAUUGUAGCAGCAAUGUCACAAAACUUUCUAAUGUUGAUGGUAGCAAAAUUUUUUUGUGGAUUUAUAUUUAAUGGUCCAUUUUCUGCUAGCACUACCCUUCUUACUGAAUAUCAUGCUGCAGCAUAUAGGUCAAAAGUACAACUAUUCAGAGGUGUUACAUUCUCGCUUGGAUUUUUCAUAUUACCACUUAUUGCUUGGGCUAUUUUACCACUAGAUAUCGAUUACAAAAUAUUUGGAUUUAUAGAAAUACAUUCCUGGAAUAUUUUUCUCUUGUGUUGUUCCAUGGGCACGUUCUUGUCUGCUAUUGGAUUUUAUUUUAUACCUGAGAGUCCAAAGUUUUUAAUGAGUAACGGCAAGAACAAAGCAGCAAUUGAGGUUUUCCAAAAGGUUUAUAGAUGGAAUAGUGGAAAAUCAAACGCAGACUAUCCGGUAAAAGAGCUUAAGGAAGAAUUAGAAUGUACAACUAGAGGAAAUCAAAAACGAAGGGCAUCCGUACAAAUAGCUGUUAAUAAUUUUUUUGUUCAUUUAAAGCCAUUAUUUAAACCUCCUGUUGUCUUCCAUCUGCUUUUAGUAUGUGCUAUGUCAUAUAUGGUUAUGAUGAGCGCGGGUUUGCUCAAGUUUUGGCUUCCACAGAUUCUACAGUAUUCUAACAGUAACGAAUCUUCCAAUAACUCAACUGCAUUUAGUAUUUGUAACAUGAUCAAUACGUUAGCUAAACCCAAAACAGAGUCUACAGAAGUAUGUCAUGUGGUCAUUAAUACAUCAGUCUACAAAAAUGCCUUAAUAAUAGCAGGACCUGAGAUUUUAAUAUUUGCUCUGUCAGGUUUUAUUGUGAAUUAUUUGGGAAAAACCAAACUAAUUGCAAUACUUUGUAUUAUAUCAUCGGCAUCAGCUAUUGGAUUGUACUUCGCCCCAAGUUCGAUAUUAAUGAUUACCCUUUUUGGAAUAUACAUACCCUUUGUAGAUUUAUCAGCAGUUGUUGGUAUAACUAUUACUUUGGAAUUGUUUGCUACUCAUUUUAGAACCUUAGCUGUAUCGUUUCAUUUAAUGUCAGCAAGAAUUGGAUCUAUAUCAGCGAAUAUGUUGUUUUCUUCGCUUGUGGCUACUGGAUGUAUUACACCGUUCCUUCUUUGCUGCAUAUUAACAGCAACAAUAUGUUUUGCAACUAUUCUAUAUCCUAAUACCGAAAAUAAAGAACUGGAGUAG